CUUCUUCUGUCAAGGUAAUGAGUUUCCUGAAUGUUUCUCCUCUCACAAAGCAGCUGUUUAACCUCGGCGGAAAUGCUUAUAAAAAUGACGGAACACUAAUUAUCUCCGGAGAAAGUCUCGGCGCUUUUAUGGACGAAGUUUGUCCCUCUUAUUAUCUGCACCAGCCGGACUCCCGGAAUGACAUUUGUUGCCACUAGCAGGAUGGAGUGUCUGUUCCAGAGAUGCCAUAAAGAGGCUGUCUUCCUCUCUGUCUUUCGCUCCGUGCUGCUCAUGACAUGCUUGCUCCUGUUCCUGUUUGUGUCCAUGUAUCCCGGGUUAUGGUCCAUCGGUGUCCAGCUUCAUUCAGCCGUUACAGGAAGCUAUGUACCAGGCCACCACUCUGUCCUUCUCGUCAACAGUCCCAACGAACAGGCAGCCAAGGACAUUGGCAGGGCGAUCAUGGAGAGGCGGCUGGCAGCCAGUGUUAACAUUCUCUCCAGGACCUCCACAAUGUACUUUUGGAAAGGUGAAAUCCAGGAUGCAAGCGAAGUUCUUAUGCUGGUGAAAACAAAGACCUCCAGGACCCAGCAAGUCAUAGAUUAUGUGAGGUCUGUCCACCCCUAUGCAAACCCAGAAGUCCUCAGCUUUGCGGUGGAGGACGGCAGUCUGGCUUACAUGAAGUGGAUGGAUGAAGCCAUUCCAGACAACUGAUACAUCAUUAAAAUCAGAGCCAAUCUCUGCAUGGACUGCAGCCGAACAAGGAAAAUGAGCCAUGCGUACAGGCUGUUGUUUGAAGGCUUUGGAUCGAAGGGAUCUGAAAGCACUCUGUUGAACAAAAGUUCAAUACGUGACAUUUACACUUUUUUGUUGCUCUGACCUUCUUAUUGUAAAUUCCAGUGUGUACUGUGGGGAUUUGAUUUCAAUCCUUUAAAGAGACUUUGUACCACAGUUAUAGAAAAUACUUGCUUCUGAUCGACUGGCAGGUAUAGGUUACCAUACCAUGACAGCACAUGUCAAACAAACGAAGUACCAGUCAACCAGUGACUUUGAAGUAAAUAUGCAUAAUAUAUUUAGCCAUAGGUAACAAUGAUUAUCUCAGUAAGCUCUCACUGACUAAACUGACCUACACUAACAUGGCUUAAACUGCACAAAAACAAAUAUUUAAAAAAAGAAAAAAAAAGACUGAUAAUACAGUCCAAGGUAUACAGAUUUAGAAAAUAAUGGACUCAUUAGAGGAAUCACAUCUCUGUAUCAUUUGAGAAAGUUCACCCCAAAAUAAAAAAUACUUAUUUUUCCUCUUACUUGUGUUGCUAUUUAUCAAUCUAAAUUGUUUUGGUCCGAGUUGCCAAGUGUUGGAGAUAUUGGCCGUAAACAUGCCUGCCUUCUUUUGAAUGUGAUGGAACUAGAUGGCACUCAGCUUGUGGUGUUCAAAGCACAAAAAACAUACAUUUGAAAAACUUAAUAGCAAUGUCUCUUUCCAGAAAGUAUGACCUGGUAAGUCAUGAUUAUUCACAGACCUUGUUGUGAGCAGGUUCACAUACAAACUAUUGUCUUUUUACCGGUUUACCACACCCACAAACUAUAUCACCGUGCAGAGGGAAGCAUGCGCCUACAGCUAGCUCACCUAGCGCCUCUAAGCUAGCUAACACCACAGCUCAGCUGAGUAGGACACCAUUUAUGUUUAUAACUCAUGCUGUGACAACCACAAGCCUCCCAUCUAUGAGUAGAUGAUACAGUUUACAGCAGAUGAUACAGUUGCAAGGUGUACGAUAGAAAAUAGGCCCACAUGAAACUGCGCACAACAAUGUCUGUGGAUUAUCUCAAGAAAUCAGGUCAUGAUUUCUGAAAAGAGACAUUGAUGUUAAGUUUUUAAAUGUAUUUUUUAUGCUUUGAGCACCACAAGCAGAGUGCCAUCUAGUUCUCUUAUAUUGGAGAGAUGGCAGGCAUCUCUAUGGCUGAUAUCUCC